AUGCGAAAACGAAAACAUAGAAAUGCUAUUCUCGCAUCAAAAGAUUUAAGGCUGGGUAAGAUAAAUUGUAAUGCUAUUUCCAAUGUAAUACGUAACAUAAGAAAAAAGAGAUGUGCUCUCCUUUGUAAUAUUGUAAAACCAAACAAACUAACAAGGAAAAUUCCAAAAAUAAUAAAUUUCGACCAAAUUAUUCAAAAAUAUCCUGAUGACGUAUUUUUCAGUCAUUUUCGAAUGAGUACAGCUACCUUUGAAGUGGUAUAUAACAUGUUAGAGCCAUCAUUUGUUUCAAACCAGAUCGGUCGGCCAAGUUUUCCGCUGAAAUAUUGUUUGCUUGUUACCAUAUGGAAAUUGGCAAACAAUAAUACAUUCAGAGAAGUUAGUGACCGGUUUGGAAUAGCACAGGGAACAGCCUACCAUAUUUUUGUUAAAAUAACACGAUUAAUCGCCAAACUGAAAGGUAAAGUUAUCAAAUUCCCUCGAAGUGAAGCUGCACAAAGACAAAUAAUUGAAGGGUUUGAAAAUAGUCGCUGCCGUCCUUUGCCAAACACCAUAGGAUGCAUUGAUGGUAUGCAUAUACGAAUUAGCAAACCUAUAAAAGAUCCAAUAAGCUUUUAUAAUCGCAAGGGUUUUUAUUCAGUCCUUGUGCAGGGAGUAGUUGACAGCCAAAUGAAAUUUAUAGACGCAUUUGUCGGUUAUCCCGGCAGUUGCCAUGAUGCGGCUAUGUGGAACGCAAGUCCGUUAAAAGAGGCAAUUACGAAUGGUUCCAUCGUUGUUCCACUAGACAACCAUUUAAUUGGUGAUGGCGCAUAUGCGUUGCAAACGUAUAUGAUGGUACCUUUUAAGGAAAAUGGAUUUCUCACCGAAUGUGAGAGCAAAUAUAAUACCGCUUUAAGUUCUACUCGCGUGUUUGUAGAGCAGGCAUUCGGUAUUUUAAAAAAAAAGUGGAGGAUGCUAAAUCAUCUAGAAUUACAAAAUAUAAAGGUAUCAAAGACCAUAAUUAUGGCAAGUAUUGUACUCCACAAUAUUAUUAUUGAUAACGAAAGAGUAACCAUAAAUGAUAUGUGCGAAGUGGAAACUGAUGCUGAUGCUAUUGAUACUGCCGAAUCCAGUAUACUUGAUUUUCAAACAGAAGCUGUAAAUAAAAGAAAUAGAUUGAAAAAUUUAAUUUGUGCUUAAAAUUGGUAAAAUUUAAAAUUGAAAUACCAUUUUUAAUUUUGU